ACGGCGAGAUCUUGCGUGCGCGAGCUGUACUAGGAGGAGGAGGAGGAGGAGGAGAGCAGAGCGCGCGAGGAGGCGGAGAACGCAUCAUUCCGAACUCAGCGUUCAGCUCUCGCGCAUUCUUUCACGGACUUCUGCGGAGGAAACACGGAGCGCGCGAGAGACUGAGAGAGAGAGAGAGAGAGAGAGAGAGAGAGAGAGGAGGUUGAAAGAGUUCGGCUCUCCGUUUUUUUUUUUCUUCCUCCUUGCGUGUUUGUGUUUUGUUUUGUGUGUGUGUGUGUGUGAGAGAGAGAGAGAGAGAGAGAGUGUGUGUGUGUGUGUGAGAGAGAGAGUGAGUGUGUGUGUGUGUGUGUGUUUUCCGUUAUCCGGACAUGUCGUUCCCGCAGCUGGGUUACCCGCAGUACCUGUACGGUGUCGGAGCGGCGGCUGACCGGCAGCUCCUCGCGCCGCCGUCUGUGUCUCCCGCGUCCCCGCCGUCUGCCGCGUCCUCGCGCGGGGCCAACUGCGACGUGGCGGGGAGCGCGUGCGCCGCCGUCACCUCGCUGCUCGCGGCAGGAGCCGGCGGCGCCGGUGGCGUGUACGCGCACCCGUACGGCUAUGGCGCGUUCCUGCCGUACACCAGCGCCGCCGAGCUCGCGCUCUUCUCCCAAAUGGGUUCACAGUAUGAUCUAAAGGACAGCCCUGGUGUAAGUUUUGCCGCUCACGCCUCCCCCGCUGCAUUCUACCCCUACGCCGGGUUCCAGUAUGGCGAUGCGUCGAGGCCCAAGAACGCCACACGCGAAAGCACGAGCACGCUGAAGGCCUGGCUGAACGAGCACCGGAAGAACCCGUAUCCCACCAAGGGCGAGAAGAUCAUGCUGGCCAUCAUCACCAAGAUGACGCUAACGCAGGUGUCCACGUGGUUCGCCAACGCCAGACGGAGACUCAAGAAGGAGAACAAAGUGACGUGGGGCGCGCGGGCCAAGGAGGAUGGCGAGGACGGCACCAUCUUUGGUAGCGACAAUGAAGACAAACGUGAGGACGAGGAGGAGAUCGACCUGGAGAGUAUCGACAUCGAUAAGAUCGACGAGAACGACGGGGAUCGCAGCAACGCAGAGGAGGAGGAGGAUGAUGAUGAAGAUGAGGACGAGGACAAACGAGCACGCAAACUCCUGAAGGAACGAGAUGAUGCGCACCUGCACGCCAAUGCUAAUGCUAACAAAAACAUUACCGCCAUGACAUCACCGAACCUCCAGCUCCCUGUCAGCAGCAAACCCAAGAUCUGGUCGCUAGCGGAGACGGCGACGAGUCCGGACGUGUCUAAAAACGCCAGCGUCCAACACCCGGCCUUCCUCGGCAACCACAGACUGUACACCUGCCCCAUCGGCAAGAUCCACAGCUGGAACAACGGAGCGUUCCUCAGCCACAACUCACUGCUCAACGUCCGCUCGCUGGUGGGAGUAAAUCAGAACCAUCAUCAUCAUCAUCCACAUCAACAUCAUCAUCAUCAUCAAACACAACAACAACAACAACAACAACAACAGCAGCAGCAGCAGGGUGUAAUGGAGAAGGACAAAGGCCCAGAGCAGCUCAGCCCCAAACACAUAGAGCGGGGAGUCGAGUCGCCCACACAGACCAUCACAAAAUCUUCAUUCAGACCUCUUCACGACGGUCCCAGGAAUCCUCAUCGAGUGCUCACGACCUGAUCGCCACACAUAAAGACUCUAAAACAUGAAAUAAAUAAAUAAAAACGUAUGGAUAUUUGGAGUUUUGUAAAUAUAAUAUUAAUAUUAAUAACAUUAAUAAUAAUAAUAGCGCUUAAAUUUAUCCCGGGAUAAUGGGUAGCUUUGAAUUCCUCUCUGUGUUGGUGUUUUUAAUUCAUUUUUAUGAUUUUCCCUGUAAUUUUUUGUUUAGUUUUGUUUGUUUGUUUGUUUGUUUUUCUUUUUCUGUAAAUGCAGCAUCUCAAAUCUGUAAAUAGUGACUUGACGGAGUUUGUGCAGAUCAUAUAUUUUGUCUAUAAUAAAGUCAACAAAUUAUA